UAAGAGACAUGGUUUUGUUAUGACUUCCAGGAAACGUAGAAAAUCUGGGAGUUACCGAUCACUUCCGGUUGUUUGUAAACACAUUUGAAUGAUUUUGAAGGGCCCAGAGUCUAGAGAUCUUGGCUACCCAACGAACCCAAGAAGUCAAAGGAACGAAUGAUCUACCACUGCUGGCGGUUGAUGGAUUCAUAGUCCCCCUGGUAUUCGAAAUGAAAAGUCAUUUGCCUCUUUGUUAACCUUUAUAACCAUACCUUUGGUUAGGUGUACAGUACAGUACAGAUUGAAAGAAGUCCUAGCAGCCUAUCAUGGGAAACAAUCAGUCUCAGAGCCCAGACUCAGAUGGAGAAGAAAGUCCAAGGUACACUUUUCAUGAGGAUGUCCUCCGCGAGGCUCAAAUUAAUGCUCCCAUAGCUGCAGGCACUUCUGUCACAGGCGCCAUACCACCUCCACAUAUUUCUUCUGGAAUUCUCAGUGAUGACGAAUUUUUCAGUGCAGAGGAAGGCGACAGUGUUGGAAGUAUCACACCGCCCCGGACACGACCAGAGUCGUCAUCGGGAGAAGACUUUUCUGAUGAUUCCGACGACAACAUUGAUGAUAGAAGCCUUCACCAAGCUGAUGAUGGAGAAUCACCUGAUGUUAGCCUAAGUGUAGAGAGUAUUGAGGAAGGAGAGUUUGUGGUCCCGCACGUCCCUGAUAAAGUAACUCCUCGAGGAGGGAGACCCCUCAGGUCCACCAGGUCCUGCGGUCAGUGCAGUGUCAGCGUGGAUCAUGACCAGGACAGCAUCGGACCUGAGCUGGAAUCUUCCCAGAGUUUAUCAGUAACACAGGACAGUGAUGGGAGUAGGGCUGCCACACCAAGAACGCGCCAGUCCCAGAGACUUAGGACAGCGAGCACAAAUCAAAUCUCAGAACAAAAUACUCCUGGGAGACAAACCUCCAGUUCCCAAGACAAAGUUUCUCCUUUUAAACCAAUUUUCUCCCCACUGACUGGUACUGGUGAAUCUCAAACCGCUUCUCUUAUUUUAGCCGCACAAGCAGGCAAAAGAAAAGCACAAAGAGGGACAAUGAGGGUAGUAGAAAAUACAAGGGUUACUGUUCCUGUGACAAGGAGAGCUACCCGUAGUAGCCAGCAGAGCCGCCAGCGUCUUGGCAUCAUUGACUCGUCAGAUUCUGAUGAGUCGGAGUCUGAAGGCAGCAAAAGAUUCAGUAAGAAGGGCAGAUACAUCAAAAAGAGUCCAGAAACAAAAAGGAAAAGAGGUCAGGGACAGGACAGAGUUCAAGAUCUUAACAGUUCGACUGAGUCUCAGCUACCCAAAAAGAAGAAGAGGUGGUCAGGCAGUUCUAAGACAGCUGACAGUGAUGAGAGUUGUGAAGAUGGUAGCGAGAAAAGACAGUCAUGUGGUUCUAGUGAAGCGAGCAGUUGUCAAAGUGAGGAGAAAAGCCCAAUGCCUGACAUUGGGAAAAGGCGACAUAGUGACAAGCCCUCUUCGAGACAGAGACAACCUGAGACGUCAGACAGUGAUGAACUUUCGGAUGCGCAGCAGAACCGUAAUAAAAGGUCACGGUUAAGUCACAAACGCUUGUCCCAUUCACCCCGUGAUGGUAAAAGGGAGUUAAAUGUUAGGAGUCCUAGUCAUAGCAAGAAUCCAGAAGAGGAAGAUUUUGGGACUUCACGUCGAACUCGAUCUGGGGCAGUGUCACGAAAUACUGAUCAAUAUUCUGAGACCUUUCCCAGCAGAAUCAAAAGACUUCGGAUUGGAGCGUACAAUCCUCCGUACCACCGACCUUCAAGUGUUGCUGAUGAAGAGGUGAACAGUGUUAAGUCUGCGUCUUCAGCAGCAAUGAUAAGCAAUCAAACAACAGACAGUGAGGUUAAUGCUUUUGUUUCUGAGAGUGAGAGAAAAAAUUAUGCUGUCUUUUCAUCAUUAGAAGGUGCGAGAGAGUUAUCUGGAAAAAAACUAUCGCCAAAAAUUUCCAAAGAUGAAAAUGCAGACAGUGAAAGUCUGCCACCAGAAUCAGUCAUUGCUUCUGAUGUAAAUGCUUCGUCCAGGGAAGAUGGUGAUCAUCAAGAAAUAAAUUUAUUAAACUCUUCAAAAAUGGGGGAUCAAGGAAUUAGAAACGUACAUGGUAAGAUUGUACCGCUGAGGCAGCACGUGAGUCUCGCGAAUAAUGCAGCAUCAUCAUCUGUCUCAACAGAAUCUUCUCAACAGUCAGAACAGCCCUCCUUGCCCAAGUUCCCCAAUCUCACGGUGAACCUGCGAACGAAAAAUUCUGCUUUUUCAAAACCACUCCAAGAAACACAGAUGGAAACAAGGGAAGGAAAUGUUUCAAACCUUGUGAAUAGUUCUGCUUACAGCACAACAAGGUCCCGUAAAGGCCUCAUCGUCUCAAGCCCAGUGACCAGUGAUGGGUCAAAUUCAGAAGCUGAUGGCUAUUUCUCAGUGUCUGAGGAGCAGAAGCUGCCACCAUCUCCACUGCGUGACUUGGUGCUGAUACCGCCCAGCCAAAUGAAGGAUAAGAAUAACAGCAAUAGUGGGAGUCGGGGUCAAAAGCGAGAGAGGACUGAGGACCAAGCACCUGGAGAGGACAGUUGUCUGGAGACUGAUAUGGAAGUGGAAACUGGUGCUCAGAGUUUUCUUGCUUUUCCUUAUCCGUCCAAUGAGCAGCCCCGCACAAUUCUGACAGGGAAGAGGACUGGUCGAUCAGCUGCUGAGCGUUUUAAGAACUUUUGGUCCAAACGAAAAAAUAUUGGGGAUAAUAUUAAAACUUUUUUCUCAAAAGUAAAUUCAUCGUCUACUAAAAGCCCAACUUUGUUUGAAAACAUGGGCAGUAUAAAACAACGAUUACUGUCAUCUGGGGCAACACAUAAACGAGGGCUGUCAACUCUGCCAGCACAUCAUUCAUCGAGUCUUUCUUCAAGUUUUUUCCAAAACAAACAGCCUUCACUUUUAAGAGACACGAGAUCAGGACAACCCACUCAACUUUAUCAUUCUAGCAGAGAGAUGGCAGCUGGCAGCAUUGGACCUGGUCAACGAUUGUCCUUGCCAAGCUGGAGCAGCCCAAGGAUAUCGACAAACAGAAUCUCCCUGCGUAAUUACCGCAGAGAGCCAACCGUACAUUCCACUGGUACACAGACUUUGGAUAGUGCAGAUGAUCAGUCAGCGGAUCUUGUAGAGCUGCUGCCUCAAACAUCUCUAUAUGAGGUGCUCCACUUUAGGCUGGCGAACUUUCUAGAGGUUUCCGUGUGCAUGGGCGACAUAUCGGAGCAGCUGACAACUGGCAUAGUCAACUGGACUGACGGAGCUCUGAGCCACUCCAUCACUGAGUGCAGCCAGAACAUUGCUAGCAAGGGCGGCACUCUCAUGAGAACGGCUUGUAAAGAUUAUCUCGAGACGAAAGGAGGUUCUUUGGAGGCCCCUGAUGUCCUUCUCACCCCAGCUGGUGGUAAAUUUGACAGCUGUGUGGAGACAAUUCUGCAUGUUACCACUCCCGAGGAGGCAGAGCUUUACGAUGACGAGGAGCGUGGCAUCCAUGCUUUGCUAGAGGUCUACGCCAACUGCCUCCGGUUCACCAAUGAAAGGCUCAGCCUUCGCAGUGUGUCUUUUCCCUUGAUUGGCCAAGAUAUUUUCCCGGCAGGAGUGUGUGUACGGGCCUUCCUCAACUCGUUGCUGAUAUUCCUGGCCGAGCUUUCAUUGUCUUCUUCAACGAACUCCUCCCCACCAAACCUUUCCUUCAUCAACCUCGUCAUCAGUGAUGCUGUGACGACUGACUUUGCGGCUGACUUUCUUCACCAGUGCCUCGAGCGAAUCUCUUCUGAUGGUUUAGAACUUGCUGUGACUGAAAUGUACAAUUUCUUUUGUGAACAAACACAGAGACAGUUGAUGAAGCGAGACAGUGUGUCCCCCAAAAAGACCCCUUCUUUAAUAAAACAGACAGAACAGAUUGCGGAUAACCCUCUGAGGAGUCCAUCAGGCCGGCCAAAGAUGAAAAGAAGAAGAUUGUGAUUGUCAAUUUUUUAAUUGAGUGGAUUUUUGUGUUUAUUA